GAGAUCUGGCCUCCAACCCAGGCAGGGCAUGAGCUUGUGGCAAUGACCAUUGUUAGGUUCCAGAGUGAACGACGCAGUUCUCAGACUGCCUGGUCGCUGGGGUGGCAGGACCCUCUUUGGAUCCCAUGCGCCGAGGCUAUGACAACCUGGCUUCUACCCCGGGCGGGGAAUUGGCAUCGUUCGGCUCUAGAAUGAACGCGUCUGUUAGGGGGGAGGGGAGGGUGCGUGUGCGGCGCCCCCUGCGCAUGCGCAGCAGCUAUUCCGGGGAGGGAGAGGGGCGUACCUCCCUCCGAGAGACGUAGCCAAUGACUGCGCAGCUGGCCUGCGCCGGCUGCGUGCGCGUCACGUGGUCCGGGGCGGGCAUAUAAGGCGCCACAAAGCCGCCGCGCCGAUACUUCGGGGCGACGGAGUGAAGUAGGAGCUGCUUCUUUCCUCCCUCAUCUCUGCCGCUGCGCGCCGGGACCUCGCGAUUGGAUGAAGAAGCCUUUACCAUCUUCUGCAUCAUGGAAUUUCCCUCGUUUGUAACUUGCUGGAGCCAAAGGAACUGUAGAAAAGAGAUCCCCAGCCCUAUUGUAUAGCAGUAACUGCCUGGUCCUAGACACCUCUUAGUUUACAGUUUAAUUUAAUUUUUUAGCAUUAUUUAUUACAGUAUUUUUGCAUACCUCAUAUUCCGUUUACGUGUCCGAGUCUCCUAUUUCCCUUUUAAUUGGAAACCACCGGUGUCAUCAGCAUGGAGUUCACCACUGAAUCUACCACGGCUCUCCUGACAUCAGUAAUUCCUGCGACCAGCACGGAGACCUCUGCCCCCUUGGUAGCCUUCCUCUGGUUGCUGAUUCUGGGCUUCAUCAUUGCCUUUGUCCUGGCCUUCUCAGUGGGUGCCAAUGAUGUGGCCAACUCCUUCGGCACGGCCGUGGGCUCAGGUGUGGUGACGCUGCGGCAGGCUUGCAUCCUGGCUAGCAUCUUUGAGACUGUGGGCUCUGUGCUGCUGGGUGCCAAGGUGAGUGAGACCAUCCGGAAGGGGCUGAUUGACGUGGAGAUGUACAACACGACCCAGGAGCUGCUCAUGGCCGGUUCCAUCAGCGCCAUGUUCGGCUCAGCUGUGUGGCAGUUACUGGCUUCGUUCUUGAAGCUUCCCAUUUCCGGUACGCAUUGCAUUGUUGGAGCAACCAUCGGCUUUUCCCUAGUGGCCAAAGGGCAGGAAGGUGUCAAGUGGUCCGAGCUACUUAAAAUUGUGUUAUCCUGGUUCAUCUCACCCCUCCUGUCUGGAAUCAUGUCAGCUGCCCUGUUCUUCCUCGUCCGCACAUUCAUCCUUUGCAAGACAGAUCCAGUUCCCAAUGGCUUGCGUGCUCUUCCUGUCUUCUAUGCCUGCACUAUUGGCAUCAAUCUCUUCUCCAUCAUGUACACAGGGGCACCUCUGCUGGGCUUUGACAAACUUCCUCUCUGGGGUAUCAUCCUAAUUUCGGCGGGGAGUGCUGUUGUCUGUGCUCUCGUCGUCUGGUUCUUUGUAUGUCCGCGAAUGAAGAAGAAAAUUGACCGUGAGAUCAAAUCGAGCCCCUCGGAGAGCCCACUGAUGGAUAAGAAGGACAGCUUGAAGGAAGACCCUGGGGAAACCAAGGUGACCCUGGGUGAAGCCAAGAGGCCCCUGGACUUUGCCUCAGUUGUGGAGGAGAGGACGGUCUCUUUCAAUCUCGGUGACGCAGAUGAAGUGCCAGAGCGCGAGAGGCCGGACCUGAAGGAAACCAAUGUCGAUAGUGGCACCGUGCAGCUACCCAGCGGUAACACAGUCCAGUUCAACCCAGUGGUCAGCAACCAAGUGAGCUGGAGUGGGCACUACCAGUACCACACGGUGCACAAGGACUCGGGGCUUUACAAGGAGCUGCUCCACAAGCUGCACCUGGCCAAGGUGGGCGACUGCAUGGGUGACUCUGGGGACAAGCCGCUGCGACGCAACAACAGCUACACGUCCUACACCAUGGCCAUCUGCGGUAUGCCUCUGGAUGCCUUCCGUCCCAAGGAGGCCGAGCCGAGGGGUGAGGAGCUGGAGAAGCUGACAUGGCCAGGUGGCGAGGCCAAGAAGCGGGCGCGCAUGGACAGCUACACCAGCUACUGCAAUGCUGUGGCUGAUACCCACCCUGCUGCUGAUGUGGAGGCUGCUGCGGAGCUGGGCCUUGGAGACCACCAGGGCAGCCAUGGCUCCUUGGAGGAGUGGCAAGACCAGGACAAGCCUGAGGUCUCCCUGCUCUUCCAGUUCCUGCAGAUUCUUACCGCCUGCUUUGGCUCCUUUGCGCAUGGGGGCAAUGACGUCAGCAAUGCGAUUGGUCCCCUGGUGGCCCUGUACCUCGUUUACCAAACAGGCGAUGUGGCCUCCAAAGCGGCCACCCCCAUCUGGCUGCUGCUUUAUGGAGGCGCUGGCAUAUGCAUUGGCCUCUGGGUCUGGGGCAGGAGGGUCAUCCAGACCAUGGGCAAGGACCUGACGCCCAUCACGCCCUCAAGUGGCUUCAGCAUCGAGCUGGCUUCUGCCCUGACAGUGGUGAUUGCUUCCAACAUCGGCCUCCCCAUCAGUACCACACACUGCAAAGUGGGCUCCGUGGUGUCAGUGGGCUGGCUGCGCUCCCGCAAGUCAGUGGACUGGCGUCUCUUCCGCAACAUCUUCAUGGCCUGGUUUGUCACUGUGCCCAUCUCGGGCCUCAUUAGUGCAGCCAUCAUGGCCCUCUUCAAGUACCCCAUCCUGGGAGUCUGAGACACAUCAGAGGCAUGAGCUGCUUCGUCACCCCUGCUUUGUUGGGGUGAUGCUGGGCUGGGGGGCCCCUAUCCAUGCUGUAACCCCUUUAUGCUAAUGUGCCCCCCUUAGCUGUAACAUAGGCAGGGCCUGACUUUCCCCUCUGUACUGCGUGUUCCCAUCUGUGUCAUACUUCUCCCUGCCCCAGUCCCUGAUGUCAUCCUUGCUUGUUAAUUUUUAAUUGUCCCCUCCCCCCCUACCAGGAGGAGGGGGAGGGGGGUUGUCUCAGUGCCAUCUGUAGCUCUAGCCAAGCCAGAACAAGGGGUCUGUAGAUCCCAGGGGACACUUUUUUUUUUUUUUCUUUCAAUAAAUCUUUUUUAGCCUUUACCUGUUGGAGCAGGUGUCAGUCCUAGCCUCCAUCCCUUCCCCCUUCACAUGCACCUCCAAGCCAACUUCUCCCUGCCACCCCCCUCACCAGCUCUGCAGAGGCCAGGCUCAUGCCCAGGUCCUGAGGGACUAUUUCUGACUUCUACAGGUUCUGGUGCCCCCUGAUCUAGGCUUUGGGGUCUGGAGAGCAUGUGGCACCCCCCCCAUCUUGGUUGGGGAAGGGGGGGCAGUGUUUAACAGGCACCUGGUACCCCCCUGAUCUCAGCCUGGGGGGGUCUGGCCACAACCUGGUGCCCCCAAUGUCAUCAGGGGUGUGUGUCCCAUUGCUGCUGCCCAUGUCAGAAGCUGUGCGACUGUCCCUCUUCCAUCACACGUGUGCCAGGACCCCGGCCUGUGCCCACACACUACAGCUGCCCUCCUCACCAUUGCUACCUCUAACUCAAUAAAGACAGCAUCAUUUUUUA